AUGAAACUUUACAGUUAUGCAAUGUUGAAACUGGCGGUGAGGUGACUUGUAAAAAAAUUUAAUUUUGAGAGGUUUUUAGAUCUGUGAUUUGUGUUUCAAUAUAACUUUGACAUUCCUCUUAUCACCCGAUGUGUUAUUUCCAUUACCGGCGGCCGCUAUGAGAGGCCUUUUAUCGAAAAUUGACGAUAAUUACGCCAAAGGAACGGUUAGAUCAAUGAUUAUUUUAUAAUUAGUUGAAUAGUGAUUAAUUUAGUUUUGUGCUACUAUUGUCAGUGGCAUGACAAUCUUCACGGCUAUCAAUGAUUGCUGUUACACGAGAUCGAUGAUGGUUUUCGAGCGGCAUAAGGCCCUCGAAUUCAUUUUUUCGUUCAAGUUUGUUGCAAGUUUUUCGAUCAGGAGCACCUGUCGAUGAAAAAAAAAAUGAUAGAGUGAUUAAAAUUUAAUUAGGAUGGAGGUGGAAAAGCACCUGAGUUAUUUUGCAAGGAUUCAAGGAAGUCGGAAAGUGAGGAAAAAAAACUUUUAUAGAAAAUUCGUCAUGAGUUGUUGCAAGAAGUUGAGAGGAAAAUUUUGAUAGCCAAAAAAUUUUUUCGUCAAUAUGUCAGACGCGUCGGCGGUCGCGUCGCGGUCCGAAAAUGUUUUCUAAAAAUGAAAAUAAUUCCGCUUACUGUCACAAAUGUGUAGGGAUUCGCUCUAAUAUAAUUGAAAAAAAAAAUUUUUGUGUCGUUUUUUUCAAAUUCCAUACAAUCGAUCUUCUAAUUUUCAGAAAUAUUUUUUUUAAAAAGUAGAUUUUUGAGAUCGUCAGACACGUCUGCGGUCGCGUCGCGGUUUUUCAUUCUGAAAGUUUUCCUGGCUAAGAAAAAAAUUUUUUUCGUUUUCUAUCUUAAACGGAUUUGCUCUAAUUAUGAAUAAAACAUUUUUAUUUCGUAUUCCAAAAAUUCUGAAAAAGUCGAUCGCUUUCGAAUUCGUCAGACGCGUCUGCGGUCGCGUCGCGGCUGUCUUUCCAAAAAUUUUUUUCUAAAUAAAAAAUUCAAUAGGGAUUCGCUCAGACCUCUUUUUUUCUGAUAGUCUUCAAAAUUCUUGAAAAAAAUUGUUUUUUUCCAAUUUUUUUAGAAUUAUAUCUUUUAAAAUUUUUUUAAGCCUCUAAAAAGGUCAAGAUUGCCAGACGCGUCUGCGGUCGCGUAGCGGCUAUAUGGGAAUUUAUUUACUUAUUUCAGAGGUCUUCUCGUUGUGAUCCUAAUCAACGUGAUUUUUGGUAUCAUCGCCACGACUUCGAUCCUUUUUUGCCUCACUGAUUCAAAGGUUCAUCCUUAAUUUUCACAAAACUCCUCAAAAAACUUUUUGAGGACUUCCUAAAAACGACCAUUUCUCGGGGCCAAGAAAACUACCUGGGCAGUUAUUUGAACGACUCGGCUGUAGUUUACGUCUCCACGGAUAUGCACAAUCUCAGGAUCAUACCGAUGGGUGACCGCGACGCGACCGCGCCGCAUGACUUUUUGAUUUUUUUCAGUUUUGGCCGUCGGCGGAGGCCUUGCCGGUUUUCAUAUUGGGAACUUUAUCUCAUCUUAUUUGAUGCUUAAGGUAUUUUCCUAGAAUUUCUGGCUUCUCUGCGAUCUCUUUCCUCUCAUGGGUUAGACCGAAGAGGGAUCUAGAGGGUCGAGAGAAGUCAGGCGACGGGAAUAAGUUAUAGCUACAGUACUCCCUUUCAGAGAAUCAAUUCGAUGAAAGAGCACAUGUCGACGAGAACGUACCAGCAACAGAAGCAACUCACCUGGAUGCUCAUUUCUCAGGUAUACCGUAAUCCCUACUGUUGCGUUGCGGUUGCGAAGCGAUUUUUACUGUGUCAGCCGACGAAAAGCUACUUGCGCGAGACGAUAUGCAUAAGCGUAGUGAAAAGAAAAGUCGCGUGCAACUUUUACUUCCAAAAAUGUCGUAUCAGCCGACGAAACGCUACUUGCGCGAGACGAUAUCCAUAAGCGUAGGGGUAGGGAAGUCGCUCAAGGUCGGGCGCAAUUUUGACCUCCCAAACAUGCCGUAUGAACCGACAAAAAGCUACUUGCGCGAGAUGAUAUUCAUAAACGUAGGGAUAAGGAUGUCGCUCAAGGUUGGGCGCAUCUUUGACUUCCAAAAAAGCCGUAUCAACCGACGAAAAGCUACUUGCGCGAGACGAUAUCAAUUAGCGUAGAAAAAGGGAAGUCGCUCAAGGUCGGGCGCAAUUUUUACUUCAAAACAUGCCGUCUCAGCCGACGAAAAGCUACUUUCGCGCGAUGAUAUCCAUAAACGUAGGGAUAAGGAAGUCGCUCAAGGUCGGGCGCAAUUUUGACCUUGUUAAAUGCCGUAUCAACCGACAAAAAGCUAUUUGCGCGAGACGAUAUUCAUAAGUGUAGGGACAAGAAAGUCACUCAAGGUCGGGCGCAGUUUUGGCCAUCAAUUAAGUGGCCCGUUUGAGCUAUUCCAAACUUCUCCUUAUCCUCAAAAUGAUCAUGUACGGCACAAAAAAAAGGACUUGCCUUAAAGUUUUGACUACAUACCCUUUCUUUUCAGAACCUUUAUCCAAUUAUUGCUAUUUCCGUGCCUUUGGGCGUUUUCGGCGCAGCUACGCUUAUCGGUUUCGAUGCCUUGACUUCGACGGAUUUUUUCAAACAUUGUGCUUCGCUUUCCUUCGUUUUUUAUCCUUAUAUCAGUACCUUCGUCAGGUAACUUUCCAUGAUGGGAAUAUCUUUUUCUUUAUGCAGAAAUGUAUAUUUCCAAGCCCACAAAUUGAAUUUUGCAGCUUCUAUUUUGUACGUCCGUAUCGUCAAUUUAUCAAAAGGCUUAUAAAGCGGGUCAGUGACUGCUUAUUGCUCAGAUUAAUCAAUUUUUUACUCAUUCUUCUCAAUUAUAGCCGUGGCUUGUGUUGUUUUCGGAAUUGAAAGCCUGUGAAGCACCGAAAGAUUUUACUCUCUUAUUAUCUUUCUUAAAUAAUGCUCAUGUUUGCAGGGUCUUCCUUUUGUUAGUCAUUAUAUCCAAGAGAAGACGAUAUUCGUCGACGGCCGAACCUUAUCCAUUGCUCCUCUCGAUGGUCUUAGUCGACGUCAUUGA